UCCAGCCGUAUUGGGGAUGCAGACUUUAUGUGCAAAAACAGGCGCGCCGUCGACACAGCGCCUUGGCAUUCUGUGAUGUCAUCAAAACGCGCCCUACAGAAAGCUCUUCUUUAAGCGGUAGUGGAAGAGUUUACCUGCAGUCUGCAAAAAUGUCCCGUCGAUAUGAUUCAAGAACUACUAUCUUCUCACCGGAGGGGCGUCUGUAUCAGGUCGAGUAUGCCAUGGAAGCCAUCGGCCACGCCGGCACCUGUCUGGGAAUUUUAGCCAAUGACGGAGUGCUGCUGGCUGCUGAGAGGAGGAACAUUCACAAGCUGCUGGAUGAAGUGUUUUUCUCAGAGAAAAUCUACAAGCUGAACGAAGACAUGGCGUGCAGCGUUGCAGGAAUCACAUCAGAUGCCAACGUACUGACCAAUGAGCUGAGGCUUAUAGCCCAGAGGUACCUGCUGCAGUACCAGGAGCCAAUCCCCUGCGAGCAGCUGGUCACAGCUUUGUGUGACAUCAAACAGGCCUACACGCAGUUUGGAGGAAAGCGUCCCUUUGGAGUCUCGCUGCUCUACAUGGGCUGGGACAAACACUACGGCUUCCAGCUCUACCAGAGUGACCCCAGUGGGAACUACGGAGGCUGGAAGGCCACCUGCAUCGGGAACAACAGUGCUGCGGCCGUCUCCAUGCUGAAGCAGGACUUCAAAGAGGGAGAGAUGACCCUCUCCGCAGCCCUGGCUCUCGCCGUUAAAGUUCUCAAUAAAACCAUGGACGUCAGCAAGCUGUCUGCAGAGAAAGUUGAGAUCGCCACUCUGACCCGCGAGAACGGCAAGACCUGCAUCAAAGUGCUGAAGGUGAAGGAAGUGGACGAGCUGAUCAAGAAGCACGAAGCAGAGGAGGCCAAAGCUGAGAAAGACAAGAAAGAGAAGGAGCAGAAAGAGAAGGACAAGUAAUCUCUCUGCCCUACACUUUGUUGAGUUUUGUGUGUGAGAAUGAAUGGGAGUUUUCAGGUAUGUUUGCAUUUGUGUUUCUUAAAAUAAAUCCAGAUGGUGAAAUAUUAA